GGUUUAUGUCAUUUUACCUUGUAACAACGUAUUCGGUUACACCAUUAACAUAGUAAACGAUACUAAGUAUGACAAGCGGAAAAAAGGAACAAUAAAAUAAAGAUACAAUUAAAAUUAGUUGUAUUACCAUUUUUCUAUGCCUGCGCCAGUCAGCAUGCCUAUGUACGCGAGUAGUACUGAAAAAGAGCAAUAUAUAUGCACGAAAGUGUUCCGCUUGAAAGUAGUUCGAAGAUACUGUAAGCAGUACUCUGUGCACAACUAGUGCAGCUACAAAAGUUAAUUGUGUAAUCGAAUACGUUGUUACAAGGUAAAAUGACAUAAAUCACAAAAUAAAGCAAAGAAUGAUAAAUACAAACUAGAGUAAUAGACAUGCAAUGCAAUAGAAUACGAUUCUUCGACUUUGGUAGCAAUCGAUCAUGAAAAAUAAGAAUAUGUCGCUCGAUUGAAGCCCAUGAAACUAACCUAACUGUUACUGUGUAUGAAACUAUAUCGAUAUAUUUCCAAAGCCCACAAAACAAUGGCACUUGAAUUAAGACAACUCCGAAGCGCAUGCAACAUAUAAGCAAUGGAAUAUCUGUAAAUUCGGUAACAAGAUCAACGAUAAGAAUGAUGAUAACCGCAUGAUUAUGUAAGCCUAGUUGUAGCUUCUUCUCGAAUAGCAGAUAAUAGAGAACAAAGAAAGAGCAAACAAUUGAUGCACAAUUUGAGAUGAGAUACAUCCAGAUUCGAGCCGUCAUCGGUAUAACAAAAACGCUUGUUCCGCUAUGUGCUUGUUGAUUUAAUAUUAAAGCGCCAUGAGACGUGUUACUUGAAUUCGGCAUCAUUAGAUCAAUCAAAGUAAAACGAAAUCGCUCAUAAUCUAGAAACACAAUUGUUCAUUGAAUAUUUAAAAAAGUAAGAAGAACCGUGUCACUUCCGACAAACACACAUCCUUACAUAUACUAUCAAGUGUUAUACCAGCUUUUUCUCAAAAGAAAAAAGAAAACUCUUUCACCUUCUACUAAAGUUGAAGUCAGUGACGGCUUGAAAAAGAAAUAUUACUGCAUACUAUAUACUAUGUGAUCAAUUAGGUAUGAAACAUUUGUGGAAAUCUGCAAACCCAUCUCUGAUGAAGACGAUUAUGCCCAGAAACUCCGUAAAGUCUAUAGAGUGUAGUAGAAACGAGAUGUACUCAAAGGUGAACAAUAGUUUGAAUUGCUAUCCUAUAUUUCAAAGAAUCUCAUCAGUGUGAAACUAGCACGACGGAGCUAGCACGAUGAAACAGAGAUUCAACUAUAAGUCUUCUCAUAAGUAUUGCCGACCCAUAAAAACCAGAGCAUUCGAUGCAGAAUUUAAUUCUGGAUCGGACGGUGAUACUUUUAUUCCCCGGCAAUACUUUGAGAAAAUUCUAUCCGGUUUUUCUUGUCCUAUUUAGAAGAAAGCAAAGGUGUAGGUAAAAUUUUUUCCUAAAUAUUGCCGGGGGAUAAAAGUACCACCGUCCGAUCCAGAAUUAAAUUCUGCAUCGAAUGGUCUGGUUUUUAUGAGCCGGUAAUACUUCUGAGAAGGCUUAUAGUUGAAUCUCUGUUUCAUCGUGCUAGCUCCGUCGUGCUAGCUUCACACUGAUCUGCUACGAUUUUGUCCAAAACUGUUUCAGCUUCAAACCGUUUCCAAAAGAAUUCUUACAAAUACAAUCGUUAAUUUUAACAACCGGGUAAAACUAGAUCUAAAAUUUAGUUUUGUUUUCAUAAAUUCUAUAUGUAAUAAUUGAUUUUUCAUUUCUAUCUGAUACAAAAACAGUCACACACUACCACUAGUUGCGAACAAAAUACUAUACAAUAUAAGCACGAGCAUAAAGUGCACACAGAUGGAAUAAUUAAAACGAUAAUUAGUAACUGCCGGGAUUUAUAUCGCGAAUUACGUGAUGAUUUUAGAGCUAAUCGUGGCUUUAAUCUUAUUUUGAUUACCGCUGUUGGUUCCUAUAUUUUUGCAUUCACGGGUAAACUAUUCUUGGAAUAUAGAAAAUAUAAACGAGAAGAAAAAAAAAUGGAGAGGGACUCCGAAAUUGAAAUGAAGCAACUUGCUGUGAAACUAAGCUCUGAUCAGCAGCCAACUUCAGCUAUAAUAUCAACAUUAGUAAAAAAAGAAGAUUCGAAACAUGAUCCAAGCAAUGAUAUCAGUGAGAAUCCGGUGGCUUCAAUAAAAACUGAAGUACAUUGUAAAAAUUAA